AAAUCCCAAUUUGCUUUACAGAAGCACACCUCAAAAAGGCUUAAACAAAUACCUGCUACACUCAGCCAAGAUGAUUUUCCCUAUCUUCUUCACAUUUUUUCUCCUCCUCUCCUCUUCCCAUGCCUCUGUGCAAGACUUCUGUGUUGCAGACUACAAAGCUCCUGAUGGCCCUGCAGGCUACUCUUGCAAGAAGCCUGCAAAAGUUACCAUCAAUGAUUUUGUGUACUCAGGCCUAGGCAUUGCUGGUAACACCACAAAUAUCAUCAAAGCAGCAGUCACCCCUGCAUUUGCUGCCCAAUUUCCUGGUGUGAAUGGCCUUGGCAUUUCACUGGCUCGUUUAGACCUGGGUCCGGGUGGAGUUAUCCCCUUUCACACUCACCCCGGAGCUUCAGAAGUCUUACUUGUUGUCCAAGGGACAAUAAUUGCCGGGUUUGUUGCCUCAGAUAACACACCUUAUCUGAAAACUCUUAAGAAGGGUGACAUUAUGGUGUUCCCUCAAGGACUAUUGCACUUCCAAGUGAAUGGAGGUGGCACUCCGGCCCUUGCAUUUCCUAGCUUCAGCAGUCCAAGCCCUGGUCUGCAGAUUCUGGACUUUGCACUCUUCAAAAAUGACUUACCUACCGAAUUGAUAGCGCAGACUACUUUCCUUGAUGCUGCUCAGAUAAAGAAGCUUAAGGGUGUUCUUGGUGGCACUAAUUAAGGUCUAUUGAGAUACCGAAGAGGAAGAAGGUCACUAAAGAUUGAAUCUUUCUUUUAUUUCAUGUCCCUUUGUUUUCUUGUUGUGAUUGAGAAGGCCUGUAAGUUUAGGAUUGUUUUGCCCAGUGGCAGUUUCUGCAUUACCAGUAAAAUUUUACUCUAGUUCGUGCUUUUUGUAUGCUUGUAGAAGUAUCAUUGUGUUGAAGGCAAAUGCCCCAUCUAUUUGUAUCUUAAUUAAGAUGACAAUGCAUCUCCAGGUCCAGAUUCGUUGUAAUA